GUCCAGUAAUUUGGGUAGCAUGGCUAAGUACAAGUGGUGCUCCUUGCAGCUCCCUCACCCUGGUCUUCAAAGCUUAGUGCUGGGCAAAAUUGUGUCUCCAGAUGAACAGUUAUAUCCAUCUCAGGUAAUAUGUAUUUGAAGCCAUGUAAUGUUUAACAGAGGAAAACAGCAGUAUGACUAAAGCAGCAAGAAACAGCACAACCCAUAGGAGAGCAAGAGCCUUCUGAAUGUAAUUAGCUGUGAAGAAAGAUGAAGGCCACCCUCUCACUGUGCUUUCUGGUGGCCUUGCUUCACCUCACUGUUCACAGCCUGACCCAGACUGACCACCACAGUGACCAGCCCAAUGCAACUGAACCCCAGGAGCAACAUUCCCACGAGGGAGAUCCUCUUGAGUCCUGCCAGCAGAUAGUCCCCAGCAACACAGACUUUGCCUUUCGGUUUUACAGGCAAGUAACCACCCAAGAACCUGGCAAGAACAUUUUCUUUUCCCCAGUCAGCAUCUCUACUGCCUUUGCCCUUCUGGCCCUGGGCUCCAGAGCCACCAGCCAGGCUCAGGUGCUGGAAGGACUGGCCUUUAACCUCACCAACACUCAGGAGGAGGAGAUACAUGAUGGCUUUCGUCAUCUCCUCCUCUUGCUGAACCACCCUGGUAACCAGGUGCAGCUGAGUAUGGGGAACACCCUGUUCAUGGACAAUCACCUGAAGCCACUGAAAACAUUUCUGAAGGACAUCAAAAAACUCUACAGAGGAAAUGUUGUUUCUAGUAACUUCCAGAAUUCCACUGAAGCUAAAAAAGAGAUCAAUGACCAUGUAAAGAAUGAAACCCAUGGAAAUAUAAAGCAAAUACUUAAAGAACUUGAUCCAAACACCCUAAUGGUAAUUGUUAACUAUAUUUACUUCAAAGCCUACUGGGAAAAUCCUUUCAGUAUUAGGGGGACCCACAAGGAUUAUUUCCAUGUGAACGCGAAGACCUCAGUUGAAGUGAAGAUGAUGACUCGAGAUGGAUUCUAUAAAGCAUACUCUGACAGGAAGUUGUCUUGCAAGGUGGUGCAGAUUCCUUACAAGGGAGAUGUUGCAGCACUGUUUAUCCUGCCCAAUGAAGGAAAAAUGAAACAGUUGGAACGUGGCCUGACAAAAGACACAGUGUCUAAAUGGGAAAAAUCACUUCAAAGACGGAGGAUAGAAGUGCAUAUUCCAAAACUAUCAGUUUCGGGCACCUAUGACUUAAAGAAGAUCUUAAUGAAUCUGGGUGUAACUGAUGUGUUUUCUGAUCAGGCUGAUCUGUCUGGAAUCACAGGAAACCUCGAUGUGAAGGUUUCAAAAGCUACUCACAAGGCCCUGUUGAAGAUUCAUGAGAAUGGCACAGAGGCUGCGGCAGUCACUGGCAUAGAUUUUCUUCCUCAUUCUGUUCCUCCUGUUGUUAAGUUCGACCGUCCAUUUUUGCUGUUGAUUGUUGAUCAAUAUACUCAGAGCAUCCUCUUCAUGGGAAAAAUUGUAAAUCCAACUGAAAAAUGACUGGUCAGUGACUGGUCUUAUUGAUUUGAAUUGUAUUUUAUAAAAUUAUCAUUCCUUAUGUUUAAAAUUAUAUCAAAACAGCUACUAACAAUUUUCUUUUUCCAAAGAAGUCAGGUAAGAGUGUGUCUUUCUUAAAAACAUUGUUCUUGCUUUCUCCUUCAGUAGAAAGUAACAACUGACAUACACCUGUUAGUGAAUUAUGAAGAAUUUUGUAAAUCAGCCUUUUAGCGAUAAGUGCCAUGUUUGAAAAGCAAGGUAAUAACCAGCUGAGACAAUCAGUUUAAAACACUGUAAAUAAAUAAAGUACGAAUUAA